AUGGUUGUGCUCCUCCGUCCUCUCUCAGCCGCCGCCGCUGCCGCUGCCGCCACCUUCCUCCUCGCCCCCGCCGCGCCGCUCACUGGUUCCGCAGUCGCCGCUAGUGCCGUCGGCGGUAGGCGGUGGAGAAGCGUGAGGGCGAACGCCGGCGGGGGCUGGCUAUCCGGGCUGCUGGGCGGGAAGGGCGGCGGCGCGUCCACGGCGAUGGCGGUGACGCCGGGGACCGUGAAGGCCGGCGACCCCGUCCUGCACGAGCCCGCGCAGGAGGUGGCGCCGGGGGACGUGCGGUCCGAGAAGGUCCAGGGCGUCAUCGACCGGAUGGUCGAUGUCAUGCGCAAGGCCCCAGGCGUCGGCCUCGCCGCCCCGCAGAUCGGCGUCCCGCUCAGGAUUAUUGUUCUCGAGGAUACGCAAGAGUACAUCAGCUAUGCACCCAAGAAGGACAUCGAAGCACAAGAUCGCCGUCCUUUUGAUCUUCUUGUCAUUAUCAAUCCCAAGAUUAAGAACACAAGUAAAAGAACUGCGCUGUUCUUUGAGGGAUGUCUCAGUGUUGAUGGAUAUAGGGCGGUCGUGGAGCGGCAUCUAGACGUUGAGGUUUCAGGUCUGGACCGAAAUGGGAGCGCCAUUAAGGUACAGGCUUCAGGAUGGCAAGCACGCAUCCUCCAGCAUGAGUGUGAUCAUCUUGAAGGCACGCUGUAUGUUGACAAGAUGGUCCCAAGAACAUUCAGGAUUGUUGAUAACUUGGAUUUGCCGCUUCCCAUUGGAUGUCCUCAACUAGGCACAAGAUAA